UUCAUUCCCUUUAUUAUAUAGUGUAUGUAUGUAUACAUACAUUUGUUUCUUUCAUCUCUUUGUUUCUAUUUAGUUCUGUUUUGUCUUCCUCUUUCCUCUUUGGGAAGAGAGAGAACAACAACUUGUUUUGGUAUAACCAUUCAGUAUCCGGUACCCAUUGAAUCAACUAAUUUGAAUUCUUGUUUCUAGGGCCCGUUAAAAGGAAAAGCCUACCCUACCAAGAAUUUCUCCAUUUUAAGGGCUGGAGCCCGAGAUAUCUCUAAUUAAGGGUUGAGGGAUCUCGUCGAUGGAAAUUUUUUAUGCUAAAGAUGAAGCAUGUGUUGCUACAAAUGAUAGAAAUAUGAAAGCCGAGUCAAUAACUUUGUCUCCUCUUCACGAAGGAAUAUCGAAGCUAUUAUCUCAAUGGCCAGGAUUGCAAAUGGCUAUUGAAAAUGAAUGGGGUGGCCAAGAUUCUCCUAAAAAAUCGAAACAACUUUCCUCUGAUAUUUUUUCUUGCCUUUCUCAAUCAAAUGCAGCAGCUGUUGGUGUAGAGGACGUAGAGAAUAUGCUUUACGAAAGGUUGCUACUGUCUUUCAACACUGACAUUGAUGAUGGAAGCAUUGAGGAGGUUGCGGAGCAAUUAAUGACUCUUCGUGAGGAAUAUGUUCAAGGGAAAUCAUCUUACACAACCAAGAAAUAAUUGAAUGGUACAAUAUUCAACAUUUUCAAUGUCAAUUAUUCAAAAUUGGAUUAUAUAUUUGAUUUUUAAAGCAAACUAAGUGUAGCACCUCUGUAUAUUGUCUAGUUAAAAGGUAUGAAGUUUUUCUUGUUAAUAUAUUCCCUCCAAUCACAGUUAGAAGGAAAUAUGAAAAAGAAAUGUUUAAAAUUGGUGCUCUUAAACAUAUUACUUAUAACAUUUUUAUUGACUAUAAGACUUCUGAAACUUAUUAUCUUAAACAAGCCAUAAAAUAUGUUCUAUAAAAGCUUGUCAUUCAUGAGGACAAAAUGAAAAAUUUAAGUUAAAUUAUUUU